ACUACCUCUUCUUGUCCCUGCAGUCUUUCCGUUGCUCAAUCUUGGUUUCGCUGCUUUUAACAGAUAUUAAAAUUGUGAGAGGUUGCAACAUCAUUGAUAGGUGAAUAUGGAUCCUCCUCAUCAUCCGCACUUGAUCAGUGAUUGCCUAAUUCAUAUUUUUACUUUCCUGAGCGAAGAAGAUUUAAUCAGCGUCUCCAGUGUGUGCAAGGAGUGGCAUGAAGUUACAGAGACUCCUUGGUUGUGGCGGAGGAUGUGUCUGCAGCGCUGGAGCUUCUGUAACCUUAGAGUGUUGGGGAGUGAACAGGUGAAUCACUCAUGGAAGAGAUACUUUUUGCAACGUUGCCAUUUAGAAAUGAAGAUGACAAAAGGCAGAGCUGGAGGUUACACCUGCAAAAGCCUGAGAGGUCACACAGGCAGGGUGGUAGGCUUGGUAUACCUGCUGGCAAAUUCAGAUGAGCUUCCUGAACUCUGGAACAGCAAUGCUAUGGUCUGCAGUGCUUCUACUGAUGGUACAGUCCGAGCAUGGAACGUCCAAAAAGGUGAGCUCCUGUGGUGCAGUCCUGUGCAGAGUCCUUUGACAGGGAUUGUAAAGGAUGAACAGCAUGAAGUUGUGAUCACAGCAGACUCGACGGGCCUCAUCAAGACCUGGCAGUGUCAGACUGGCCAGGAAGUGGCCUCCUUUUCUACUGCAUCCCCACACUGUACAUUACUACAGUACAAUAUCAACAAUGACUGGUUUCUUGCGGUAGGAACCAGUCAGGGAUCUGUGUGUACACUAGCUGGCUCAGCUUUGACUAAAAAGUCCAGUAUAAUGGUGCAUGACUCCUUUAAAGUCAACGUACUCCUAGUUUCACCUGACAAGAAAUGGAUCACUGCUGGAACCAAGGACAAUGAUGAUUUAAGUCCAAAGGUGAUUUUCACAGAAAGUUUGACCUCUCCCUCUGAGGACGAAGAUCCUCUGUGCCAGUCCGUACCAGUCAUUGGAUGCCAGGCUGCUGUCUUCAUACCCACCCAGCCUGCCAGACUGGUCAUCAUUCACUGCAGUGAGCACCUGAACAACAAAGCCCUCACUGUCUUUGAUGUCAGCAUUAAAAAGACUAAGUACAAGUCAGAGAUCCAGGUCCAGCAGAUGGAGUCCUUUCUGUUGACACCGGACAUCAGGUCCUCACAAAUCCUUCUAGAGGCCAAGGAUAGCAACUGCAUAGUGUUAGCAGCUGACCAGCAGCUCUGGGUUUACUCUCUGAAAGGAGCCCUGGUUGCAAGCUUCAAAGAGCAUACUAUGCCUAUAUCCUCCAUAUCUGUGGAUAGAUUUCGAGUGGUGACAGCAUCUCGGGAUCUCUCCCUACGAGUAUUGACAUGGAGAAACAACAGAGACGAUGGAUUGACACUGGAGAGCCAGUACCACUUACUGGGAGGCUCUCACACAAUGUCCAGAGGGUUUACUCAUGUCUCCUGUGACUAUUCCAGCAUUGUGGCCUCAGUAGAAGGGAAAGAUGGGAAAGACGUUUUAAAAGCUUACUCUUUCACUUCCUGAGCUUCACUGCAUCACAAGAAAAAGUGCCUGCAUGCAGUUUGCACAACCCACUUUAAGGAAGACCAUUGCUUUUAUUAUGAACUGUUCAUCAUAUAUGCUUUACAUUAUGUCUGUAUGUUUACAAUAUAGAGAAUGUAUUACAGAUAAGAAACACUGUGUUGUGGAAAAGGCUUUGUAUUUUUACAGUGUGUGAUACAACAUGCUUGUUAAUAAAUUA